AUGAAUGGAGUUUCUCAUCACGGCCAUGCGUGUAGAUCCACUUUUAAGAUUUCUCUUGACCCAAACAUUGUUUGUCAAGCCCCCUCUUCUUUCCCGUUCCUAGUCGCCCUCCCUGAAUCCGUUCCUCCCCUCACUCAUCCCCAGCGGCCUGGCAGCGGUGCCCUACAGGCCACAGCCUGGAAUCAACGGUCAUGUCUUGGCGUUUCACAACUCAACACUGCCGUGCUCACAGCUCUUGCCCUUCCCUUCAUCCCUUGCCUCUCCCCACUCACCUUCCCACUCCCCUGCACGCUGCCUGCCUUGGCAUGGCAGGACGGCCUGGCAGCAGUGUCAUACGGCCUGGCAUCAAUGGCCAUGGUGUUUCUCAACAAGGGCGUGCUCACUUAUUACAAGUUCAGCAUGACGCUGCUGGCGCUACAGAUGAUAGCCACAACAGCUCUUAUUUAUGGUUGUGGGAAGCUCGAGUGGAUCACCAUGCGGCCAUUCUCCCUCUCCACCGCGCGUCGCCUGCUGCCGCUCUCCUUCUUUUACAACGCCAACGUCGCCUUCGCCCUCGCGAGUCUGCAGGGCGUCAACAUCCCCAUGUACAUUGCUCUCAAGCGGUUGACGCCCAUGGCAGUGCUCAUAACGGGGUUCUUCACUGGCAAGGCCAAGCAGCCCCUGCAGGUCACCCUCUCUGUAUCCCUCACCACAUUCGGCUGCCUGAUAGCAGCGCUGGGCGAUUUCUCCCUGGACCCCUACGCCUACGCGCUCGCCCUCACCUCCGUGCUCUGCCAGACCUUCUACCUGCUCCUCGUUGAGAAGUCAGGGGCAGAGCAGGGCAUCUCGUCCUUUGAGCUCAUGUUCUACAACGCACUGCUCUCCCUGCCGUUCCUGGGAGCCAUCCUGCUCUGCACCAACGAGCUGCCUACAUCUGUGCCGCUGCUCUUCACCAUGUGUGCCGAAUCCAGUACAUUCACAGUGGCGGUAACCGCAUCGCUGGUUAUGGCGCUGGUUCUAAACUACACCAUGUUCCUCUGCACCAUCGUCAACUCUGCUCUCACCACCACCAUUGUUGGUGUGCUUAAGGGCGUUUUCACAACGGGCGUGUUCACAACGGUACGUACUGUGCAUGUUGAGAUUGUAUCUUUUCCCAGCCCAUGCCAUCCAACAGUUUCCCCUCACUCACAUGGACCAUGA